AUGACGAUUCUUUGCAAAGAAAGUAUGUCUGUUUCAUAGUAUGAAGGUUAAGACGAAGAUGAUUCAAAAAUCUAAUUUGAAUAAAACAUCCACUUUCGAUCCAUCAAAUCUUAAUUCCGCCUUGUCACUACCAUCAUGCCUAUACCUGCCACCUUCCAUAAUGGCAAGAAGACGUUCACGGUUCUAGAAAAUAAUCCCGAAGUCAUGAAUGCGCUAGCUAAGAAGCUUGGUCUUUCCCCCGAUCUCGCAUUCUACGAUGUCUACUCUCUCAGCGACCCAAGUCUUUUGUCCAUAAUCCCCCGUCCAGUCCAUGCCCUCCUAGUCAUCCUCCCGCUCACUCAUUCCUGGAAAACAUCUCGUCUAGCUGAAGACACCCCACUAUCUGUCUACGAGGGGUCUGGCCGCGACGAGGCCGUAAUCUGGUUCAAGCAAACGAUUGGACACGCAUGCGGUUCUAUCGGGCUUCUUCACUGUCUUGUUAACGGGCCUACGAAAGAAUUCAUUCUACCAGAUACAACUUUGUUUCGACUAAGGGAGCAGGCUCUUCCACUAAAGCUGGAAGAACGGGCGAGGAUACUGUACGAUGAUAAGGAGUUCGAGGAUGCGCAUCAGAGUGUUGCAGAAAUGGGCGACACAGCGGCACCCAGUGCUUCAGAGGGGGACAGAUUAGGACAGCAUUUUGUGGCAUUUGUGAAAGGGGACGAUGGUCAUUUGUGGGAGUUGGAAGGCAGCAGAAAAGGGCCGCUCGAUCGAGGCUUGUUGGCCGACGACGAGGAUGUGUUGAGCGAGAUUGCGAUAGCAAAGGGUAUAGGCAGAGUGAUGAGGAUGGAAGAAGAAGCCGGUGGCGGAGAUUUGAUGUUUAGUUGUAUCGCGCUUGCAAAAGCAGACUGACGGAGUAUGGGGAAAUUGGGAUAUGUUUGCGGGAAGGAAGCCUAUCAUGGCGCCAGCGAUUAUAUUCCCAGGACGGACAAGGCAAGGGCGAAACCCCCGGCUGGAUCCUGUUCCUUCACUUUCCCAUCUUGAAUUUCGACUUCAUGAGAACCAUCUGGAGCUUGACCCCAGUCACCAAAACUUCCCUCGAAACUUUGCGGGAAGAAAUCAUCUCACUUGAGGGUUUGAGGGUGUGAAAUUCUAUAAUAGGUAUAGUAAAUCAAUUACUAAUAUCUUAUUAACAAGCUCUAUUAUAAUUAUAUAAUAUAUAAAUAACCGAUUUCCCC